AUGAGAAGGUUUGGGGAUAUCUUGAGAAAUUUCAACAAGAUAGACAGUAUUUUAGCAGAACCAAACCUAAAAAAAUACAGAAGACAGUCAAUCCGAUUAAUUCUUGCCGUAUAUUGCUUGUUCACAUCCGUCAUGAUUUUCGAUAUCUUUUACUGGACCAGAUCAUCUUGUCCAGGAGGAAAAUCGGGAAGCCAUUAUAUUCUGGAUUACUGUGGAUUCUACUUUUUGUACUACAUCAUGAUCACUCUGGAACUGUAUUUUUCCCAUCUGGUUUAUUCGAUACACAUGAAACUGUUUUUAAUCAAUGAAUAUUUGGUGAUCAGUGAUUUGCGAAAUAAUCUCAAAAAUAAUAUCAUCAUGGUGAAUUCCCAAAUUGACAAUUUUCAUCUAGAGUCCUUGUGGCACAGGCAACACCAGGAUUCCAAGAUAUUUUUCAAAAUAAGAAUGCCUGAAUCAAGUUUCACUAAUGCUCAAAGAAUCAAAAUUCUGAGGAAACUGCAUAAACUUUUGAAUUAUGGUGUUGAUAUUAUCAAUGGAACUAUUGCCAAUGGUAUUAUGUUGAUCAUGCUGAGUUGUCUUGUUCAUCUGAUAGUAACGCCAUAUUUUCUGGUAGCAGAGUUGAUCAAGGAGAAAUCAAAUAUUUUAUUCAUAUUCCUGCAGAUAUUCUGGAUUAUAACGCAUACUUGUAGACUCCUGAUCAUUGUUGAACCAUGUCAAGCUUGCUCAUUAGAGGGCCAACGUACCAAUAUGCUUCUUUGUGACCUACUGUUAUUGAAUAAUACUGAUGAUGAGUUCGAAAAAGCUGUGAAGUCAUUCAGCUUAUAUUUAUCUCAGAAUCACAUAAGGUUUUCUUGUUCUGGUUUGUUCACGAUAGACAGAUCUCUCAUCACCUCGAUUGCUGGGUCAGUGACAACCUAUAUAGUGAUAUUGUUCCAAUUCAAUAAUAACUGA